UUUAUCUUCUUCCGAAAUUAACUUUAUCCAUUAUUUGCUUCCGUAAAUUCCUCUCUAUUUGGUAUGCAUAGAGAGAGAGAGAAAGAGAGAGAGAGAGAGAAUGAAUGGGUAAUAUAAAUGUAGUAGCUCUGUUCCGUCAAUUUCUCUUUCUCUCUCUAAAAUUAAUACAGGGAGCGAGAAUCCAAUGGUCCCGAUUGGGUGUAAUGGUUGUUAUAUUCAUUUGAAUUAAUUUGGUUCAUUUUGUGUCUGACUUUCUUAGAGGAUCACUCUUCUUCCAUCCUUUCCUCUCUCUCUCUCUCCCUCUGCAUUUCCCAAGUUAUUUUGAUUUUUUGCGGAUAGGGCUGGAUUUGUCAAUGCUCAGAGCAGAUAUUAGAAGAUGGCAGACGCUGAGGAUAUUCAACCCCUUGUUUGCGACAAUGGAACUGGAAUGGUGAAGGCAGGAUUUGCAGGAGACGAUGCCCCACGUGCAGUGUUUCCUAGCAUUGUUGGUCGUCCUCGUCACACUGGUGUGAUGGUUGGUAUGGGCCAGAAAGAUGCAUAUGUUGGUGAUGAGGCACAAUCUAAACGUGGUAUUCUGACUCUCAAGUAUCCCAUUGAGCAUGGUAUUGUUAGCAACUGGGAUGAUAUGGAAAAGAUUUGGCAUCAUACCUUCUAUAAUGAGCUUCGUGUGGCCCCAGAAGAGCAUCCAGUUCUGUUGACAGAGGCUCCUCUUAACCCUAAGGCUAACCGUGAGAAGAUGACCCAAAUUAUGUUUGAGACCUUUAAUGCCCCUGCUAUGUAUGUUGCUAUUCAGGCUGUUCUUUCACUGUAUGCCAGUGGUCGUACAACUGGUAUUGUGUUGGAUUCUGGGGAUGGUGUCAGCCACACAGUCCCUAUCUAUGAGGGUUAUGCCCUCCCACAUGCAAUCCUUCGUCUUGAUUUGGCUGGUCGUGACCUCACAGAUUUCUUGAUGAAGAUUUUGACUGAACGUGGAUAUUCUUUUACCACCUCAGCAGAGCGUGAAAUUGUGAGGGAUAUGAAGGAAAAGCUGGCUUACAUAGCCCUCGACUAUGAGCAAGAGCUAGAGACAUCCAAGACCAGCUCUUCAGUGGAGAAGAGCUAUGAGUUGCCUGAUGGGCAGGUUAUCACUAUUGGCGCUGAGCGUUUCAGGUGUCCGGAGGUCUUGUACCAACCAUCCAUGGUAGGAAUGGAAGCAUCAGGCAUUCAUGAAACGACAUACAACUCCAUAAUGAAAUGUGAUGUUGACAUCAGGAAAGACCUGUACGGUAACAUUGUCCUUUCAGGAGGUACAACCAUGUUCCCUGGCAUCGCUGAUAGAAUGAGCAAGGAAAUAUCUGCUUUAGCCCCAAGCAGCAUGAAGAUCAAGGUGGUAGCACCUCCUGAGAGAAAGUAUAGUGUCUGGAUUGGAGGUUCUAUCUUGGCAUCCCUGAGCACCUUCCAACAGAUGUGGAUUGCGAAGGCAGAGUACGACGAGUCUGGACCAUCAAUUGUUCAUAGAAAGUGCUUCUAAAUUGUUUGAGAAAUAGGGUUAUUGAAGAAAAAGAUAGUUGUUUUAUUCCUCGGGAAGAAAUGCUGCUUGCUUGUAACCCUUUCAUUCUAUUCUAACUUUUGUUACUCAUUCACGUUAUUCUCUGGAGUGGUGAUUUGGAGAAGGCGAGGAGUUUGUUUUGUCAUAACAGUGCAAUUCUUCACUAUUAUUAUAUAUUUUUAUUUUUUUGAGAUUCA